ACGUUGGCUGUGUUCUACACAAAUUCAAACGUGAUUCUCCCCGAGCUGUUGACGUUAAAAACAAAGCUGAAAGAAACACCAGACAAUUAUCUUUUUGACAGACUUGUUUUGCGUUUUCACUGGAGUUUGAGCUUUUUUACCGGGUUUUAGGUGACUGUUUAUCUCACUGAAGGAACACAUAAGAGAACAAACGGCCAGGAGUAAGAAAACCGCUUCACUAGCUAACGUUAAACAGGCUUUUACAGUAGGUUUUCUAUCUUAAAAAGAUCUACUUUAAGUUUAAAGUAGUGUAAAUGUACAUGUGUGUAGCAGAGUCCCCGCUGUGUAUGUAGUUUUAGUUCUUUGUGUUGAGGUUUUGUUGACAUGUAGCACCAGCUGUUGUGAUGAAUUCUGCUGAGAAACGAGACAUCAGAAUCAAACGGGUCUCGUCUAGGAAGAGAUCUCGUGAGAGCUCACAGAUUCACCUGACACCUGAGAGGAAGAGAGGACCUGAGAAAUGUCCUCAGAGCUGCAGGAUCAGCAGCAUCAUGGCAGAACAACAAGAACAGGCUGCAGAGUUCUGCAGCGACAGUGAGGAUCUGUUCGGGGACUACGACAGCCUGCUGCAGGACAGCUCGCUGCUCGCCAAGCUGGACAACGCCGAGCAGAGCGAGAGGCAGCGAGACGUCCAGAGAGACUUCACCAACCUGAGAACGAAGACCAGCGCAGACGUCCUCACCGACUCCAUCCUGGAGGCCCUCGCAGAAGAAGAUCUCCCUCCCAGCAUGCAACAGUUCCAGGAUCAGGUCCAGGAGACGAGGAGCCGUCUGCAGGGCGGGGAUCAGACCUCCACCCCGCUCAAAAACAUAGAGACCUCCACCUCUCUGAGGAACAAAGAGGACAGUAGACCCCCCAGAGGAGGAGCAUCGAGGAGGAGCGUGGCGGACGCCCUGAAGAGGGCGAUGCUGGGGAACGCAGCGUCUCCGGCGGCGGCGUCCCGCAGCGCUGCUUUAAAGGAGGCCGUUCUGUCGGAGGAGAUCAGCGUAGCCCGGCAGGCCAUGGAGGAGGUUUCUGCAGAGACCCCCGACCUCGGGCCUUUCUUCGGACUGCCCACCAGAGUCAAGGAGCUCAUGCUCCGGCUGAAAGGGAUCCAGAACUUAUACGAGUGGCAGGAGACGUGUCUGAACCUGCAGUCGGUGCAGCGCAGAAAGAACCUGAUCUACUCUCUGCCGACCAGCGGAGGGAAAACGCUGGUGGCCGAGAUCCUGAUCCUCCGAGAGCUGCUGUGCAGGAGGAAGGACGCUCUGUUCAUCCUGCCCUACAUCUCUCUGGUGCAGGAGAAGGUGCGAGGGUUGGCGAGCUUCGGCGUGGAGCUGGACUUCCUGGUGGAGGAAUACGCCGGCAGUAAAGGGCGAUUUCCUCCGGUAAAGAGGAAACACAGGAGGUCUCUGUACGUCGCUACGAUAGAGAAAGCCCACAGCCUCGUCAACUCGCUGAUUGAGAACCAGAGGAUCGAUGACCUCGGGCUGGUGGUGGUGGACGAGCUUCACAUGUUGGGCGACGGCAGCAGAGGAGCGAUCAUUGAGAUGACUCUCGCUAAAGUUCUCUACACGGCCAAGUCCACUCAGAUUAUCGGGAUGAGCGCCACGCUGGGAAACAUCAGAGACCUGCAGACGUUUCUAAGAGCGGAAAACUACACCAAUGACUUCCGGCCUGUGCAGCUGAAGGAGUAUGUUAAACUGCAGGGCACCAUCUAUGAAGUGGACCCAAAGGAGGAGGACUGCUUUAGAUUCUCUCGUCUCCUCAACUUCAAGUACUCCAGCUCCAUGCAGAAGCUGGACCCGGACCACAUCAUCGCCAUGGUGACCGAAGUGAUCCCAACACACUCCUGUCUGGUGUUCUGCCCGACCAAGAAGAACUGUGAGAACGUGGGGGGGAUGAUCUGCAGAUACCUCAGAGAGGACUUCCUGCGCCUCCACGAGCCGGAGAAGGUUCUGCUCCUCCGUCAGCUGCGGGAGAGUGGGGGGGGCUCGGUGUGUCCAGUGCUGAGGCGCACGGUCCCUUACGGUGUGGCCUAUCACCACAGCGGUCUGACGGGGGAGGAGAGGAGGCUGCUGGAGGAGGCGUACUCCUGCGGCACGCUCUGCCUCCUCACCUGCACCUCCACCCUGGCUGCAGGAGUCAACCUGCCCGCCCGCAGAGUGAUCCUGCGCUCCCCCUACGUGGCGGCAGACUUCCUGAAGAGGAGUCAGUACAAACAGAUGGUGGGCCGGGCAGGGCGGGCUGGCAUCGACAGCGAGGGAGAGAGCAUCCUGAUCCUGCAGGACAAGGACCGGCUCACGGCUAAAACUCUGGUGUGCGCCCCGAUGGAGAGCUGCUUCAGUAACCUGAUGCUGGACGAAGGGAAAGGCCUGCGGACCCUCAUCCUGUCGCUCAUCGGACUCAAUAUCACCUCGUCCGUGCAGCAGCUGCAGGACUUCCUGCGCUGCACGCUGCUGUUCGUGCAGCAGAAGCAGCUGUGUGUGCAGACCGGCCUGGAGGAGGCGCUGCAGCACAGCCUGCACUUCCUGCAGGAAAAGGAGCUGAUCACAGCCGAGGGAGAGACUCUGAGCGUCACCCGGCUGGGGAAGGCCACGUAUAAAGGCUCGGUGGACCUGCUCUACAGCAGCGUGCUGUACAGAGAUCUCUCUAAAGGUCUGGAGGGUCUGCUGCUCAACAGCUUCCUGCACCUGCUGUACCUGGUCACUCCCUACGACAUGGUCCAUCAGUGCAAGCCCGGCUGGAUGCUGUACUACACACAGUUCACGCUGCUCUCUGCAGCCGAGCAGAGGAUGUCUGCGUCCGUCGGCGUGCCGGAGAGCUUCGUCGCCAGGAAAGCUGCGGGACAGACGGUCAGGAAGAGUGCUAACAUGGAGGUGGUGUCCCGGAUGUACCUGGCUCUGGUUCUGUUCUCCCUCCUGAAAGAUCUGAACCUGUGGGUCGUGUCGGAUCGUUUCCAGCUGAGCCGAGGAUUCAUCCAGAGUUUACUGAGCUCCUCCUGCUCCUUCUGCUCCUGCGUGCUGCACUUCACUGAGGAGCUGGAGGAGUUCUGGCCGUUCAGAGCUCUGCUCACGGAGCUGACCCGCAGGCUGAGUUACUGCGUGACCUCUGAACUCAUCCCUCUGAUGGAGGUGGCCGGAGUCAUGGAGGCCCGAGCGAAGCAGCUGUAUAACGCCGGCUACAAAACGCUGACUCACCUGGCCAACGCUGACGCAGCAGUCCUCUCCAACACCAUAGAAAACCUGCACCGGAAACAGGCCAAUCAGAUCGUGGCGUCCGCUAAGAUGCUGCUGAGUGAGAAGGCGGCCGCUCUGCAGGAGGAGGUGGACGACCUGCUGACACUGCCCAAAGACCUUCCCUCUGCAGACGCUCUGAGAUCACUCUGAUUUAUUCUGUUUGUGUAUUAUUGUUUUCAUGUGUUAGGAAUACACAUCUGCUUAAAAUCAUGUGCAAAAGGACAACUGUAGAGACUGUACAGAGAGUAUUUAACUACCAAUAAAAGCGGCUGGACCUUUC